AUGGGGUUUAAAGAUCUCAAGAAUUUUAAUUUAGCGAUGUUGGGAAAGCAGGCAUGGCGCCUACUCACAAGUCCAGACACACUUGUUGCAAAAGUUUAUAAGGCAAGCUACUAUCCGAAUACCACUUUUAUUGAUGCCAAGAUAGGAGGAUGCCCAGGCCACUCAUGGAGAAGUAUUAUGGCAGCUCAUGACAUGGUAGUAGCACGAGUGCGUAGGAGGAUAGGGGAUGGUAAAACGACACUAAUCUGGGGACACCCAUGGUUACCUGAUAAUCCUAGCCCUUUGGUGCAGACUGAUAUGCCUGUAGAACUCAGGCAUGCUAAAGUGGUUGGUUUAAUAGAUGAACAAACUGCUACCUGGGAUCCACAUAUUUUAUCAAACUUAUUUGAGGAUGAGGAUGUGAGUAGAAUACUGAGGAUACCUGUCAGUCCAGGUUAUGAGGAGUCAUGGUAUUGGCCUGAUGACCCCAAUGGGAUCUACACAGUUAAAAAUGCUUACAGAAACAUUAUGGGUACUUAUGAUCACUCAUCCGGGGAUUUUGAGAAAUGGACUAAAAUGUGGGGAAUGAAAAUACCCCCAAAAUGGAAGACUUUUUUAUGGAGAGAAAUUUGUGAUAUUCUUCCAACAACUAACAACUUGAUUAUAAAGAGGGUGGAAGUGGAUCCAACAUGCAAGAUAGGACCAAAGUGCAGCGGUGCGGUGGUGGCAGUGCUUUAUCAUUUAUGGAGGUGCAGAAAUUCAGCUGUAUGGGACGCCACAUUGCCGCGCCCUAUGGCGGCUUGGACGCAGGCCACGGCGGCACUGCAUUCCUACCGGCAGGUGGCCCGCCGCGGCUCGGCACCCCUCUCGGCAGCUACGGCGGAUGGCAGCAGGGGCGUUACCCAACGGUGUUAUGUGGAUGCGGGAUACCGGGAAGACACGGGGGAAGCUACGUACGGUAUUGUGCUAUUGUCUCCGGAGGGAUCUUUCCUUGCGGAAAAAAAUGAAAGAUUACCGAAUUGCUUGUCACCGUUUAUGGCAGAGGCUUUGGCGUGUAAGGAAGCUCUGUCCUGGCUAUUGGAAAAAAAUAUAACAACAGUAUCCCUUCAAACAGACGGUUUACAACUGAGGAAUGCUAUAAGGCAGAGAUCAACUACCAUAAUGUCCUAUGUUGGAGUACUAGUAGACCAAUGUAGGAGUUUAAUUUCGUCUUUUAAUAAUGUCAUGUUUAAUCAUAUUUCUAGACAGCUUAAUGCGCAUGCGUAUACGUUAGCUUCGUUAGCAUUUGAUCAGGAUCAAGCUAUUAUAUCCCUCCAGACUGCAUUGCAGCUUUGA